AUGGAAGCCGACAUCCCCCAGCCCCCCAAGCAAACAGCGUACAGCCAGCCAUCCAACCCCGUUUCCCGAAACCCACAGGAAGAACAACGCGAACAACCAACAACCCAGCGCGACUCCUCCUCGUCAAUCCCAGGCCCAGAAUACACCGGGCGUCAAUAUGGCGACGCUCCAGCAGCCAUCCACCGCACCGCAGAAUCAAAGCCGUCGUCGGACGAAAACCUGGCACAACUCGAGCAAGAGCACAGCCAAAAAGUCGACCCGGAGGGUAAGAGGGGCCAUAUAGACCUUGAGUACGGGAUCGAGCAACAGCCGAGCGAGGGGUAUAUUGCGACUGCCGUUCACGGCAAUACUGAGAACACUCCUCGUGUUCAGCCUGGUGCGCAUGCCGGCCCGGUGGGUAGCACACCAGGAUAUGAGCAGGAUACGGCGGCGCAGAUGGAUCGUAAGAGGACAGAGCAUGACCAUAUCCUAGGCGAGGAUGGCGGCAGCAAAAGCCCGGCUUACUAUGGUGAAGAUGUGGACGUUGAGCGUCGACGGGUUCGGGAAAAUAAAUUGAAAUCGAACGAAGAGUUGGAUGUGAAGAGUGCGGUCAAGAAUGCCACUGGAAAUGUUACCGUGUAA